UAAUCGGAGACCUGCGCCUCUACAAACCGACCGGCUUGGCGUCUUCGCUUAUCUAGCCCCUCACCCCUGCUCUUCUUUCUCUCGUGUCUGUUUGUCUGCUUGGGCCGCCAUACAUUUACCCCAGUGCUCAAUCAUCUGGUUUGCUAUCGACACCAUGGCCGAGGCUUCUGACUCCAAGAUUCCAAUUCUUCUCCUAAAAACCAAAUCAGUGCCUGCAGAUGCUUACGAGGAAUACUUUUCGACCUUCGGCGGUGGCCGUUACACGCCAACUUUUGUACCUGUCCUCGAGCAUCACUUUAAGCAAGAUGCCCUAGCUCAAGUGCGCGCGCACAUUCUGGAUGGCCAUUUUCUUCCCACAUCUGGUUCCUCAUCGCAGCAGUACGGCGCCAUUAUUUUUACCUCGCAGCGUGCCGUAGAAGCUUUCACCUGCAUUGUUCAAGACUUACGGCAAAAUGCCGCCCGCCCGCUGGAGUCCUACAUACCCCAGGAUCUUCCCUUGUAUGUAGUCGGACCAGCUACUGCUCGAGGCCUCAGAGCGCUGAAUCUUCCGUGUCCAAUCUUGGGUGAAGAGACUGGAAGUGGGGAAGUGCUAUCGCCAUUCAUCUUGAAGCACUACAAUAGCUUGCAUCCGGGUCCUGAUAACCCGGCUAUAUUGUUUCUUGUGGGUGAGAAGAGGAGAGACAUCAUCCCCAACACACUUCAGUCUCCAAGCCUGCCGAAUGACCAGAGAUCACGUGUCCAUGAACUAGUCAUAUAUGAGACCGGAGAGUUGCACUCGUUCAAGGAAACUUUUACAUCUAUAUGGCAGAAGAACAUCGAACAGGCAAGUGGGCGCCAGUGGGUGGUUGUGUUCUCCCCUCAAGGCUGUCGGGCUAUGUUGGAAAGCUUAGGCCUCAUUGACUUAGAGACCGGACAGUCCAAGUGGCAGUCAUCAAAAACAUCACAAAGAGAGGUUCUAAUCGCUACCAUUGGACCUACAACUCGCGACUACUUGAUCCAGGAGUUCGAUAUAGCACCUGACGUGUGCGCCGAGAAGCCUACACCAGAGGGCAUUGGUGAGGGCAUUCGUGCUUUCAACGCAGGGUCCAAAUAG